AAUGCGCUCCCAAGUCUCUGUGGACUUGCAUCUAAAGACACAGACACAUCAUCAUGUCCCUGUGCAUUGCUGUGUCGUGGUAACGAGCUGUGUUGAUGUUGUGAAGGUGGUAGCUACGACUCUGAUGCUGGAGAGGCGGCUGCCCCGCCGCCUGUGGCCCCGGCUCGGGAUGUGUGGGCUCGACUACGGCCUGAGCGAUAGCUGGUAUCUCAGAGUCCAGACGGACCAGAACCAGGACCAGGACCAGACGCUUCAGGACCAGGACCAGAUCCAGGCCAUGCAGAUACAGCAGCUGCAGUUCAUCCGAGCAGAGCUGCAGAAGCGCAGGACUCUGAUCCAGAAGCUGGUUCAGAACCGGACCCUGACCGACUCAGGCUCACAGAUCUUCAUCUGAAGAUUAUAAGUAGCCUAUUUUACUUCGUCCUCGUUGCCUUGUCGUUCAACUUUAGUGAUCCAGGCUCAGGUCCCCGAUGUGAAAGCUCCCUUACUGCUUUAUAUUCAAUGAUAUUUUGGAUAUAUUUUGAAUGUCAUCUGUUUUCCUUCUCAUAGGAUAAAUAAAGCUAUUCACAUCAUACAUUGGUCCAUAACAGUGUAUCAGAAUGCAGGAAAUUAAGUCUUUGGCGCUCAAAAUAACCCUGGGGGAGGACACCCAGACCUCACCCAAAAGCCCAUUCUGAG